AUGGACGUGUUUAGCGAGCCAAAGGUUUCAUCUUGUCGCUUUUCACCUGCUUCAGAAAUAGUGCAAGCAGGUGGUCAUAGUCAUGAUGCUUUCGAGACUAUCCAGACUUCAGUGUGCAAGGAUAUGGCUGUCAAGAACAGAAACCGCGGGAAAAAAUCCGGCGGGAAAUCGGCGUAUCGGCACGUGCCGCACAGCCAAAAGCCACCACAUCUUGUGGCGCGACGUAACGCCAGAGAACGUAGACGCGUCGAGGCCGUAAACGAAGCUUUCCAGAGAUUACGGAAAAGGGUGAAUGGAGAGGUCAAACAAAAACGACUGUCCAAGGUUCGGACUCUGAGGGUCGCCAUUGAUUACAUCAACAAAUUGCAAAGGAUGAUUUUAGAACAUGACCAGAACAUUCGUGAAAGACACUGCCGACAAGUUAGUCCGAGACGAGAAAGGGUGGUGGCACAGAGAAAUGCUGAACAGUCCAAGGGGAACGAGUGCAUAUCUUCUACAAUGAAAUCACAUAGUCUGUCAGAAUCUAGAACGAUUUUGUUCGACAUAUCUAAUGAGGAUCAGAAUAACUUAGGAUGGCAGACCACUAAUUCAAAAGAAGUAGAACCAUAUUUUCCCGAAUAUGGAUCUCUGGGUAUGAGGGAAAUCAGUAUUUUACCAGAUCUUUAACUGUUCUCUACUACCGAUCCAAUGUGAUACGUUCAAGAGUUGUCUCCCGUUCUACAUCAACUCUGUUUAAAAAAGAUAUUUUGAGAUGAGUGGAAUAAAACGUGACUUUCUCUCAAAAAUUUUGCACACAAAUAUUACGCAGCACCAAAGGAAGCUCUAUUCACAUUCUGUGUUGUUCAGUGCGACAUACGUAUGAUAAAGUGGAUGUACAGAUAGGCACUAUUACCAGACGACAGUUUGAAAUUUAACGAAACACAUGACGAUCAAAGAGCUGGUACUAUUUUCGUUCACAGUAAUGGAGAGAAGAUUUGACGCCUUAAAUAAUAUCUUGGUUUUCUGUGCAGGGUUAUCAAAUGGAGGCCAUCACGAUUAUGAUGCUUUUGUUCUACAAAAUCCCCUCUCUGUCUCUCUCUCUCUCUGACGCGGAGUGUUGAUAAUGUGCCAUCUGCAGAACUUUGUAGAACGUCCGUCAUUAGAUUUUGUCACCUAUAGUGUCAAAGUCAGGAGCUACCAAAUACUAUUUCAUUUCAAAUGUACUGUAAUUCUGAUACCGACGCUUAUGGGAAAUCGGGUAAAAUUUCGAUUGUUCAUUAUCAAAAGUACUCAUUGAAAUAUCGGAACUUAGACAGGCAGGUUGUCCCGGUCCCAACGCGAGGUUGAUUUGUGGAACGAGUAUGUGGGAUCUUGGUUCGUCAAAGAGAACGACUUCAUGCCAUCUCUGAUCCUCUGCCUUUGAUAUACAAGCUUAUCUCCCUCUAAGUGACUUGAAGUCAGAGAGAUUGUCAUCCUUUUGGCGCCAAAACAUAUCUACACCUCAUUUAUCUGCUUCAUUUCUAUGUUACGUACACGUAAAUAAAUUCUUACAGUUCCGAAUUUCUGACAUCUGUUUAGUGUAUGCAGAAUUUCUGACUUCCAUGGGAACUUAAAUUUGGCCAUGGUAGAUGUUGAUGACAAUUGGUAUCUGUUAUGAAAUCUCUCAUUUCGCCAAGUCGACCGGGUCAUUUCUGGUUUCGGGUUAUGUGACCCUCUUCACACCAGCGUCUCGUUUAGGUCAUACAUACUUGUUAAAGAUAAAUUUGUGUCAACUCAGGAAAGGGUCACACAGUUAAAUUGCGUUGUCUCUAUCGCUUACUGUGCUUAAAAAAAACCUGUCCUUCAUAUUGUGUUGUAUAUGUUGGAUAGAAAGAAGGUACAUGUACGUGAACAUGUUGAAGAAUUCGUCUAUAGAAAGAAAGAAAAAAUUAGCGAACGUUCGAACCAUAUAUUUUAUCUCUCAUUUACAGAUAUAUAAUACGUAUAUGACCUGUAUUUCCUUACCAUGUUAGCUAGGGUAACCAUUGUAAAUGUUGGGCAGGAGGCAUGCACACGUGUUCUGAAGUUUCUGUCUGUCCUGAAUGCAUUUCUUAUAUAAAUUGAUAUCUUUCCA